AUGAGACUCGGGAUAAUUUUCUCUUUGAUUUCAUCAGUGGUCUCGCUGCCAUUUUUGGAUGGCUGGCCACAAUUGAGCUUACCUAGUGCACUGCAUAGCUCUAUUGCAAAAACGGACGCCUUGGGGCUUUACCCUCUGCACAAGAGACUGGUGAGAAUAGAAAGUCUCAGUUUCCAAGAACAAGAUGCUUCUGAAUACAUUGCUGAGUAUCUCGAGAGUUUGGGACUGACGGUCGAAACAAUAAGCUCCCAAGGACGAAACAACAUCUACGCUUAUCUGGGAAGUACAAGAGAUACUAAAGUGCUGCUCACCUCCCACAUAGACACUGUGCCCCCAUACAUUGAAUACUACGACGAUGGAGACAAAAUAUAUGGCCGUGGCUCGUGCGAUGCGAAGGGCUCGGUGGCUGCUCAAAUCACCGCAUUCACGGAACUUUACGAACAGAAUAAAGUGCAGGAGGGCGACAUUGCACUGCUUUUCGUUGUUGGAGAGGAAACGGGGGGCGAUGGCAUGUUGACGGUGGACAAGGAAAUAGACGCUAAUUGGGAUAUGGUUGUCUUUGGUGAGCCAACAGAAAACAAGCUUGCAGUUGGCCAUAAAGGUGUCUACUAUUUCAAAAUCCAAGUUUACGGGCUCUCUUCGCACUCUGGAUAUCCAGAGCUAGGGAAAGAUGCAAACAACGAGCUCAUCAAAAUAAUGUACGAGAUCUCCACUGCCGAGUGGCCUUCGGACGAGCUUUUGGGUCCUACGACCGUAAACAUCGGACUGAUCAACGCAGGAACAGCAGCAAACGUGGUUUCUCCAAUUGCCGAGUGCGAAGUCCUUAUGAGAGUGAGCGUGAAAUCUGACGAGAUUCAGAAGAUCGUCGACGACAUUCUGGAGAAAUACCAAGACGUUGAGGUAACUGUCAUUCAGAAGGCAGACCCUACUUACCUUGACUACGACGUGCCAGGGUUCGACACCAUGCUGGCCGCCUACUUCACGGACGUGCCUAAUCUAACACAGCGUGGAUUCAAAAGAUAUUUGUAUGGGCCAGGCUCGAUACUAGUCGCCCACGGAGACAAUGAGUACGUUACUCACGAGAGCUUGGAGGACGCUGUCGAGGGAUACAAAAAACUUGUCGCGUAUGGACUUAAAUGA